UAAAGUUUGUUGUUUUAUUUCUUUUCAGUUUGAUUGAACAGAAACGAGGACAUAUCACCUGAGCUUUUAUCAUAUCAUUACGUGAUGUACUCGAAAAUUACUUUAAUGAUAAGGGUUAUUAAUAAAUACACAUUUCUUUUAUAUGUUGUCGCCGGCUUGUUAUAGCAAUACAUAACACAAAUAGUGCAGCAAAUUCCUACGGAAAACCAAAGUAAACGUACCGGUAGUACCGAGCACUCUAUGGCACCAAGAAAUGAACGCAUGGCAUUUCAUAAGGAACAUACAUAUAUAGAGUAAUAACAUAAUGGUAAGCAAAUAAUAUUUUACUAUACAAUAUUUGCCAUGUUUGACAACUUUAUCAAAAAAUAAGCACGACCUUAAAUAACUCGGUUUCUAUAACAAAAUAAUCUUGUACCUUGCCAAAUCUUAGUUUAAAGGUAUAAGAAAUGAUUUUAAUAUCGAGUUGCCGUUGCUUCAGUUCCAUUAGAAUAGAACGGAGCGUAACAAAAUGUUCAACUUGCAGAUACUAGAGUUUUUAGCGUUCGUUUCAAUUUGCGUUACACAAACACCAGUAUAUGUGAACACAAAGGUCGGAAAUAUCAUGGGAUUUCAGGAGCACAUUUCUCUUGAUGGAGAACAGAAAUUAAUUUCUAAAUUUCUUGGUAUUCCAUUCGCCGAAACAACAGGGGGCGAAAACAGGUUUAGAAAACCGGUUCCGAAAGCUCCAUUUAAAGGAACGUUUGACGCUCGUAAAGAACCAGCAGCUUGUUAUCAGCAAACUCAACAGGACAGUGAUUUAUACAAAAGUUACGGAGUAUCCGAAUUUUCUGAGGACUGUCUGACACUUAACAUUUAUGUUCCACACGAUCUUCGAGCCAACGACCUACGACCUGUUAUGAUUUGGGUGUAUGGUGGAGGUUUCACUCAGGGGGCAUCAUCAAUUUACAAACCUGAAGCGUUAGCCCUGUUUGGAAAUGUAAUCGUUGUAACAAUUAACUAUCGUAUAGGCAUGUUUGGCUUUUUACGUGACCAAAACGGCGUCUUUCCCGGAAACCAAGGUCUCUGGGAUCAGCAUCUUGCUAUCAAAUGGGUUCAUGAUCAUAUUGAUAGUUUCUUUGGUUAUAAGGAUGAAAUAACAAUAUUCGGCGAAUCUGCGGGCGGUGCCUCCGUUAUCUUUCAGGCUUUAUAUCCUGGAAAUGAGGGACUAUUCAAAAGAGUAAUAGCAGAGAGUGGAUCUGCAAUCGCGCCUUGGGCCAUAAAUAAAGUAUCAAGUUUCGAAAGAUAUUUCUACAAUCAAGGCUGUGAGCCAUCUUCACAAAUAUUUUCUACUUGUCUGCAAUCCAAAACUCCAAUAUCACUGCAAUCAAAUGAUACAAGUUUUGGCCCAGUUAUAGACGGCGAUUUUGUCAUCGCAUCUCCAAUCGACAUUGUAAACGGGAACUCUUUUGAAACUGCCAGAGCAAGAGACUUCUUUGCUUCUUUGGAUAUUAUGGUAGGUGCCAACGACAAAGAUGGUGCCGCGUUUUUCUUUUACUAUCAAGACGCACUAAACCACUCAAAUCUUGAAUUUGAUAUAACAAAAGAAGAAUUCAGAAAUACUGUUGUUCCAAUAACUAUUAAUAAAACCCCCCUUUCUGUAGACCACGACGCAAAAGUCGCAUUAGAAAAAGUUUUGAUUUUUUCCUAUACCGACUGGAAUGAUCCGGAUAACAAUGCCAGUAUAUGGAAACAUGUGACAGAUAUGAAUACUGACGCAGCGUUCUUUUCACCGGCGUCUCAGACAGUAGAUGCACAUGUCAGAUUAAAUGUAGGGAAGACGUACCUGUACGAGUUUGCCGUUCAAACAAGACAAAAUUACAUACCCUUACCUUCAUGGAUGAAAGGAUCUAAUCAUGGAGACGAACUACAAUUUGUGUUUGGAUUGCCUUUGCGUGUAAAUUUAUCAAUGGCUGGUAUGAGCAAUUUUAGCUAUAGUUCGGAGCAAGAACAGGUCGCUCGUGCAACUAUGGCGAUGUGGUCGAACUUUGCUAAAUCAGGAAACCCGAACUUACCAAUCGAUAUCACAAAAUUCAUGAACACCACGUGGCCAGCGUAUGAUAUGACGUCACAACGAUAUUUCCGGAUAUCCGAUCAGAUGUCUCCAGCAUCAAUCAUGGAAGGAUUCUAUCCCGAGAGAAUGGCUUUAUGGUCUGAAGUUAUUCCAGAAAUAAUUAAACAACAUUGUCCUAACAAAAAGCAACAAGACAUUUUCCACUUUGAUCCUUCCGCAGAGUUAGUUGGAUGAGAAAAACAAAUGUAGAGACAAUUACGCGAAGAAUUCACUAGUUCACGUUUCAAAAUUUGGAUUAUUUCACUUACUUUUAAGUACAUUUUUGAUAUUGUAUGUUAAUGUUUCAUAUUUCAAUCAUACUUGACUUGUAUAACAAUUUAACACAAAUUUAAUUGCUAAAUAGACUUCUACAAAUAAAGAGACAUAUUAUAUACGUUAGUACAACGUGCAAAGUAUUUCAUUAUGAGAACUCAUUUUUUUGCUUCGUCUCUAUAAAUCUUAACAUGUGUAUCGAUAAAUUUUAGUAUACAUUUAAAGUCACAUAAACUGAAAUUUCCGUGACCUUAAUUAACGAGAUAUCAAUGUUAGUGUAAAUGUGUGAGCGUUAGUCAGAGCAGCUUCAACAUGGUAACUUCAUUUAACGUGAAUUUGCUUUUGAUAAGCCAUAUAUUUCGCUGUUUUAUGUUUAUGUUUUAUGCGUCAUAAAUAUACGAGUUUACUAGCAUAAAAAUACUUCCCGUAAUAAAACGCAUAUAAACUUUAUCUGUCAUAUGUUUUGGUUGGAUUUAAUGUCUUACCAACACUGUACAGGUCAUAUGGCGACUUUCCAGGUUUACUUUAGCGUAAACUUAGGUGCCUAAUUAUUUAAGCACCUGAACAGAAUCACAGACGUUUCAUAAGCUAGCUAGAUAGCUUCAUCACAUGAAAGGAUCCAAAGUCCCUUGCGGGAAUCGAACCCACGGCAGUGAGUGGCAAGUGGUUUUAAGUCCACGACCUUAACCACUCGGCCACUGACGCCCAUUUUUAUUUCAUGCAUGUAAGGUUAAGGUUAGUAUAACAAACUAAGUCGCAACGCUACAAACGAGCAAUUGCUCUUUACCGGUAGGAACAAUUGCAUCUAUUUUCAAUCUAUAGUUUUAUUUACAUCGACAUACAUCACGUGUCAUUUUGAAUCAUGUAUGACAUUUUCUUAAUUGUUUAGUACUUUUUACAAAAUUGAAUGAAUGAAUGAAUGAAUGAAUGAAACCAAAAGCCAUUGUUAAGGAAACAUUACCCAUCAAGGCAUCUGGAGAAAAACACUCUCAUCACGAAGACUAUCUUCGCUGCAUUUAGAAUUGACUAUGCUGAAAUGUUUAACGACUCUUUUGGCUUUUAUAAAAGAUAUAGUUACACAAGUAACCUCAAUAUUUAUUUAGUUUUAAAGAUGAGGCUAUUAUCUUUGUUG